AUUUCAAUACAAGAAAAGAAAAAAGAAGCAAAUAAUUAAUAAGACGAAGAUGGCAAACCUAACUCUUUUUACCAGCCUCUUGAAAUUUGGCCAUGUUGCAAGGAACGCCGCUUCAACAACUCCUAGGAUUUUUUUGGCUACUGCCCCAAGACGUAUUCAAGCAAGUUCAUCACAGCAAGACGCAGCUUCAGUAGCCAAUGAAGCUAGGAAUGCUGCUGAAAAUGUAACCCAGACGACCAAAGACAUGGCUGGCAAGGUGUCUGCAACAGCACAAGAUGUGUCUGAGAAAGCAAAGCAGACAGCGCAAGACGCAUGGAGCCAAGCUAAGGGCACAGCCCAGAAGGCCGCAGACACGGUAGUGGGCAAGACCGAAGAAUCGAAAGAGUUCGUUAAAGAGAACGCAGAGCAGGUCAAGAAGAGCAUGAAUACCAAGAACAAGAACUGAUCCAAUCAUUUGAUCAUUUGAUCAUUUGUCCUGUCCAUUCUUGUAUUUCAAUUUUGGUUGUAUUUCCCGUUUCAUAUUAUGCAUGCAUGAUGUAUCCACUGUUGGGAUAUCUUUCUUUUUUUUGGGUCCAUUCAGAUAUUGUUCCAUCCACUACUGGGAAGUGUUUAGUUUUCUUCAUCAUGCAUGUGUAAAACGAAACUCAAUUUUCAAGUGUCAAUAAAUCCUUCCUAAUUAUCUGUUCAAAUAGUUCUAGACUGAUGUGAGGAGGUUUUUGCGUUUUUUUUCCUUCAUUGUCAACGGGUUAGUUUCAUAAAAACCCAAAGAAGAAUAUUAUAGACUCGGCACAAACUGGAAAGAAAAAAAAUGGAGGCAUUACAAUUUACAGGUUGCUGCAACCUGUUCACCAAAAUCGGAAGCAAGCUAAGUUUUGCAAUGUGUUUAUUAUA